AUGGAAAAUAAAAGUAAUAGAAGAAAAAAUGUGGGUUCCAUGUUAUAUGAUUAUUACAAUAUAGAGACGAGAAAUAAAGUUGAUGAGUUUGAAGAAUGUAGUGAUAAUAAUAUGAAGAAUAUAAAUAAUAUAAAUAAUAUAAAUAGUAUAAAUAAUAUAAAUAGUAUAAAUAACAUAAAUAAGAUAAGCAUUGUGAAUAAUUCAAUUGAUGAUAAUAAUUUAUUUUUUAAUAAGACGGAUGAGAAGAAUGAAAAUUUAAAAGAAAAGAGUACUAUAUUAAAAAGGAGUGAUAAUGAUAAUAUUAAUUUACGAAGUGAUAUAAAUUAUAAGAAUAUAAAUAAUGAUAUAAAAGAGAGUAAUGAAAAAAAUGAAAUGAAUAAAAUAAAUUGUAUGAACGAAUUUGAUAUGGAUUGUUCUAAUUUUAAUGUAAAUGAUUAUUUUAAAGAAUUAUUAGAAAAAUCUAGUAUGUAUGAUUUAAUAAAUAAAUCAAGAAAGAUAGAUAAAGAAAUAAAACAAAAUGAUAGUUGUAUGCAAACAUUAAUUUAUGAGAAUUAUAAUAAAUUUAUUAAUGCAGCUGAUGCUUUAGUUUUAUUAAAAGAAAAGUUUAAAUGUGUGAAAAAUAAAAUGAAUGAAAUUAAUAAUGAUUUAGAAUAUAUAGAUAAACAAUCUAGUUUUCUAAAUAAUGAUGUUUUUAAAAAUUAUGAAAAGAUACAAAAUUUAAUUGAAAUAAAAAAGUUAUUAAAUGAUAUAAAUGAAAUAAUGAAGAUACCAGAAUAUAUGUAUUCUUAUAUAUUACAAAAAAAAUAUAUUAAAUCAUUGAAAAUGUUUAUUAAGGUUAUUCCUUUUUUUCAUAAGAAUAAAGACCUUGUUAUAUUUCAAAAUUUAUAUUUAGACUGUAAUAAUUUAGCAAGCAUUGCAUGUCACUUUUUUUUGAAAAAGCUAAAUAAAGAAAAAAAUGUAAGAAAAUUACCUAUGCGGAUUAAUCAAAGUGAUACUACUAAGGGUGAUAAUAAAAGUGAUACUAUUAAGGAUGAUAAUAAAGGUGACAUUAAAUAUGAUAAUAUAUGUAUAAAUCAUUUAACUCAUAAUAAAAAUUACGAUGACAAAAGUGCUGAAUGCUUUUAUUUUUUUGAUAAUAAAGAUUUAGAGGAAUCAUUUAAAUCUUUACACUCCUAUGUGUUGUCAAGCGAAGAAGUUGCUGAGUGUUUGAAUUUAGUUUUAUCAUAUGGUAUGGACAGAAAAGAAAUAAAAAAGUUAUAUUUGAAGAAUAGAAUAAAUUGUUUAAAAUAUAUAAUGUAUCAUAUAUUUAAUUUAAAGAACCAUGGAUUUUUUGUUAUGAAAGUAGACGAUUUGAAGAGUUCUUUCUUUGAUCCUAACUAUGAAGAGAUUAGUAUUGAUAAAGAAAAUAAAAAGAAUGGUCCUAAAAAAAAUGAAGAUAAUAAGAAUAAUGAUAAUAAAGAAUAUAUUUUUUUUAACAAUAUAUUUGAAAAUAUAUUUAUAUUGUCUUAUAAGCAUUUGUUAUAUUUUUUUUUUAGUUUCUUAGAAAAUUAUGAAAAAAUAUUUAUGAAAAAAAAUAAUUUUCUGAAUAAUAACAAUGAAAAUAAAGGUUAUUCUAAAUCGUUUUUUUAUGACGAAAGAGAAUAUAAUGAUGAUAAAAAUUUACAUAAUAAUAUUGAAUAUUUAAGAUAUCUAAUUAAUAAUUUGGAUGAAUCUGUUCGUUAUAAAAAUGGGAAGAAACGAUGUGAAGAUUUUUUUAUGUCAUAUGAUAAUAUUAAUAAUGAUGAUAAUAUUAAUAAUAUUUAUCAUGACAAAUAUAGUUACCUUCAUAAUUCUUUCGAUUUAAAUAAGAAAUUAUUAUUAAGUGAUUUAUUCAAUAUAGAUGAUGAUAAAAAAAUUAUUGAAGUUUUAUUAGAUAUAUUUUUUAAAGUAUUAUGUAAAAUAACUAUAGAUUAUAUAUAUAUGUUUAAUCCCCCCAUAAAAUUGAUAGUAAAAUUAUUAAAAAUUUUUAUAGAUAAUAUAAAUAUUCAUAAUAAUAAAAUAUAUUAUAAAGAUAAAAUAUUAUAUUAUAUGAAUAGAUUUAUUAAGAAAAUAUAUUAUGUAUUAUUAAAAUUAUAUUUUUAUAAUUUAUGUUUUCAUAUUAAUAUAUAUAUAUAUACAUAUUUUCAAACAUGUAAUAAAAAAAAGUUAAUAGAUAUUUUAGAAAGUAGAAAUGAAUUAGCUCAUUAUAUCAUCUUAAAAUUAUGUUUAACUGUUAUGGACUUUGAACCUUUUUAUGUUCAAAUAAAAUUAGACAAUAAUUUUUAUGUGAAGCACUUUUUUAAUUUUGUAAUUAUAUAUUUAGAAUCUUUAUCAAAACAUAUUGAUUCUUUUAUAUAUUAUUUUGUGUGUGUGCAUGAGAAGGGGAGUAUAUUAAAACAUAUUAAAGAUGAAGAAAAAAAGGAAAAUAAUAAGUGUGACAAUAUUAGUAAUCCUGAUGGUAAUAAUAAUAAUAUUGAUAGUAAUAAUAUGGAUAGUCCUAAUAUUUGUCAUAACCAGUUCGAUAAGAAUCUUAGUAAGGAUUUGUUUUAUUUUACAUAUGAAUCUGCAGACAAUAUUAUUUAUGAAGAUAAAGAAAAUAUAUUUACACAUAAAAAUUUAUAUUAUAUACUCGAUGAAGAAAAUAGUAUUCAUUGUAAACAUACAAAGAAAAAGGAUGAGUCAUUUUUUGCAGAUUAUAAAAAAUUAAAGAAUUAUUUAUAUUCAUCAGUUUGUAUAGAUAAUAUUCACAUGCAACAUAUUUUAGUAAAUAUAAAGAAAUAUAUGAAGAUGGAAUAUACAAAAUUUUUGAAACACAUAACGGGUUCUUUAAAUUUUGCAAACAUAAAAAAGAUAAAGGAAACAUAUUUUUUAUUAUGUCUUGUAUGGGUAUUUCAUAAUAUUAAAAAGGACGGUGUUUCUAAAAUAUUUAAUGUUAUAACAGAUAUGUAUAAAGAAGCAAAUGAUUUAAUUAAUGGAUGUGAAAAGAUAGACAUGGGAUGUAGCUUGGAUUCUCUCCUUUAUAAGGAUAUAUAUCCAUUUAUUAAAGAAAAGGAAAUAGAAAAUAAAAAUAUAAAAAAAUUAAAAUUAAAUGAUGAUGAUAGUGAUAAUUAUGAUCAAAGUGUGGAAUAUACGAAUGAUGAUCAUAUAUUUAUUAAUAAAAGUAAUGAAGAGAGUGAAGAAAAAGAGAAAAAAGAUUUAACGUUUACAUAUAAUGAGAAGGAGAAGAAAAAUAAAUUAUAUGAUUUUCGUUUUGAUGAUAAUAAUAUAUGUGAUAAUUAUUCCCAUCAAGGGGAUACAACAAAUACAAUAAUAAAAAUGACAGAGGAUCAGCAAGAAAAAAAACAAAAUAAUAAUGAUGAGAAUAGAAAAAAGAAAUAUGUUAUAGGGAUAAGUAAUUUUGUUAAAUAUAAAUUCAAUGAAAAAUGUAACGAAUUAACAAAUGUAUUUAUUUCUUAUUAUAUUAAUAAAAUAUCUAAUCAUAUCAAAUCAUAUAUAGAAAAGGAUACAUAUGAAGAAGAUACUAAAAGCAAUAUUGUUAGUUACAAUUUUGUAUUUUGUAUGAAACGUAUAGAUAUGUUUUAUACGUAUUUAAAAUAUUUUAUAUAUCAGAAUAAAGUAUCAAGUGUAAUAAAUUUUGAAGAAGGACAGGAAAGAGAAUAUGCGUUUAGUGAUAUGUAUGAAAAAAUUGAAGAAGAGCUGGAAAAAUUAGGAAAGAAAUAUAUAAAGGAUAAAAAUGACAAUGUGGUUGAUAAAAAUGACAAUGUUAUUAAUAACAACGACAAUGUGGUUGAUACAAAUGACAGUGUGGUUGAUAAAAAUGACAAUAUGAUUGAUAAAAAUGACAAUGUUAUUAAUAACAACGACAAUGUGGUUGAUAAAAAUAAAAAUAUAAGUGGAAAGGAAUAUAUUAUAGAUGAUAAGAUACAUAAUGAGGAUAACAAAACAUCAAAUAUUGAUAGUAAAGAACAUAAUAUGGAGAAUAAUAACCUCAUUUUUGAUAUGAAUAAGGAUGAGAAAAAUUUAGAGAUGUAUAUGUAUAAAUUAUAUAUGUUAAAGAUGAAGAAUUAUAGAAAAAAACUCCCAUCAGAAAUUAAUAAAAUACUUCUUUUAAUUAUCAAAAUCUUGUUUAAAAAUUAUAUGGAAUAUAUAAGAAAGUGUCAUAUGAAUGCGAAAAAAUUAUACAAAAUGCAAAUCGACUUUUUCUUUUUUUAUCAUUGUUUAAAACAUUACAUACCUUGUGAUGAUGAAAAUGUAUUAUUUGUUAUCUUAAAUGAAGUGUUAAUAAAUGCAAAGGGUAGAAUUAGAGGAAUACAAAAUAAAAGAGAUGAGGAUGAUUGUGCAUCAUCUUAUCAAGGAUAUUUAUUAUUGGAUGAUAUUCAUGUUGAUUUGGAAGAAAAUAAAUUAUUUAUAUUGAAAAUGUUUAAAGAGUGA